AUGGUGCAGGAGCGGGAUGUGGCCGGGGCGCCGGGCGCGGAGGACUGGCUGCUGCUGGAGCUGCAGGGCGAGGUGGAGCCGCGGCAGGGCCGGGCGCUGCCCGGCAGCCUCCUGGGCGACCUGCACUACACGCGGCAGGGCGUCCCGGUGCUCGUCGUGGGCCACCACGUGCUCUACGGCAAGGUGGUGCCGCUGGAGAAGCCGCUGGCCGUGCUGGAGAAGCGCGGCGCCCGCUACGCCGUCACCGCCCUGCUGCACACCAAGCUGCUCUUCAAGACGCGCCCCAAGCCCAUCGUCACCCACGUGCCCAGGAAGGUGUGA